CUCGUGAAUUAGUCCAUUUUAUUUUCACUCACAUAUACUAAAAGAUUUCUGAUGGAAGCCAAAGUAGAUUAUACCCAGGAUGGUACUGUCGACUUUCGUGGCAGGCCUGCAAUUCCUUCUAAAACUGGAAAAUGGAAGGCUUGCGCUUUCCUUGUUGGCUACGAAGCAUUUGAAAGGAUGGCCUUCUAUGGCGUCGCCUCCAACUUGGUGAACUUCCUUACGACCCAACUUCAUGAAGACACAGUUUCAUCAGUUCGAAACGUGAAUAACUGGUCAGGAUCCGUUUGGAUAACGCCAAUUCUCGGUGCUUACAUAGCUGAUUCUUACUUGGGUCGCUUUUGGACUUUCACCGUGUCCUCUCUCAUUUAUGCAUUGGGUAUGGUUCUGCUUACAAUAGCUGUAUCACUCAAGAGCUUGAAGCCAACAUGCAACAAUGGCAUCUGCAACAAAGCUUCUGCCUCACAAAUUGCAUUCUUUUACACGGCUCUGUACACCGUAGCAAUCGGAGCAGGCGGAACAAAGCCCAACAUUUCAACCUUUGGUGCUGACCAGUUUGAUGAUUUCAAUCCCAAUGAGAAAGAGAUUAAGGCCUCCUUCUUCAACUGGUGGAUGUUUACCUCAUUCUUGGGCGCUUUAAUAGCAACUUUAGGCCUGGUCUACGUUCAAGAGAACUUGGGAUGGGUAUUUGGCUAUGCUAUCCCAACAGUUGGUCUCAUCCUGUCCCUUGUUAUUUUCUACGUAGGAACUCCCAUAUACCGCCACAAAGUCAGGACCACCAAAAGUCCCGCCAAGGACUUCUUUCGUGUCCCUAUUGCUGCCUUCAGGAACAGAAAACUUCAGCUUCCUAAUGACCCCUCUGAGCUUCAUGAGCUGGAGCUGCAACAUUACAUCACUAGCGGAAAACGGCAAAUCUUCCACACCCCAGUUUUAAGGUUCUUGGACAAGGCUGCAAUAAAGGGAAACGGCACAGGUUCCUCUACAACGCCAAUGACGGUAUCGCAAGUGGAGGGAGCCAAGCUUGUAUUAGGCAUGCUGCUGAUAUGGCUAGUAACACUGGUUCCUAGUACUAUUUGGGCACAGAUCAACACUCUAUUUGUAAAACAAGGCACAACCUUGGACCGAAACCUUGGUCCCCACUUUCGGAUCCCAGCAGCCUCUCUCGGUAGUUUUGUGACCCUCUCUAUGCUCCUCUCUGUGCCAAUGUAUGACCGUUUUUUCGUGCCAUUCAUGCGCCAGAAAACUGGCAACCCCAGAGGAAUCACCCUUCUUCAGAGGCUUGGAAUUGGAUUCUCAAUCCAAAUCGUGGCCAUUGCAAUUGCUUACGCAGUUGAAGUUAAGAGAAUGCGCAUGAUAAGAGCACAUCACGUACUAGGUCCUAAAGAAAUAGUCCCUAUGAGCAUAUUUUGGCUAUUGCCUCAGUACGUUCUGAUUGGAAUAGCGGAUGUGUUCAAUGCCAUUGGGUUGCUUGAGUUCUUCUAUGAUCAAUCCCCCGACGACAUGCAGAGUCUGGGGACAACGUUCUUCACAAGCGGGAUUGGUGUGGGGAACUUCUUGAACAGCUUCCUGGUAACAAUGGUUGACAAGAUCACUGGAAUGGGUGAGAGAAAGAGCUGGAUAGGUGAUAAUUUAAAUGAUAGUCACUUGGAUUACUAUUACGGGUUCCUGUUGGUGACAUCAAGCAUGAACUUGGGGGCAUUUCUUUGGGCAUCAAAUCGAUUCAUUUACAAGAGAGAGACCGCAACGGUGAAAGACGGUGAAAUGGAGGGUAACCCUACAUUGGACGCGUCUCUAGGAUUACAAGUAUAAAAACCUAAGAACGGCAGGCCAAGUUAAUGCGCCAUCUAUAAUGCCUUUGUAAAAUAUGUGUACGACCUUUUCUUUUAAACGAUUGUUUUCCUUGUCUUGCUAAUCAUAUAUCAAGUGCCAACGUGAUGCGGUAAUAUUUUCUUUGGGUGUGGCAAAUGUCUUGUCACUUGUUAGUUAGGAUAUCUAUAUAAAAAAUGUUAGUUAUGUGUU